AGACGUAAAUCAGUCUUCGCCACUUCGAAACAACCUCCACAUAGAAUAUGAUGAAUAUAUUUAGGUGGAAGUUUGCAAGGAUGCUUUUUGCCGAGGGCUGUAAUAACUUCUGGUGAAAUCUUCAUCGCAUGUCUAUGAUACAGAGGGCAUACGAGGUGGGAUAUGCAGUGGUAUACCGUUUUUGGCAGAAAUUGGGGUGGUUCGGAGGUUGGCGGAACCUUCAAAGAGGGUCAUCAUUGAUGGACUUUCGCAUCACCUUCGAGACACCGGCACCUUUGUAGGUGCUCCAAGCGUCCUACCUGAUCCUAUCACAUUCCUUGGCAGUUUCGAGCUCUGGUUCGCGGAGAUGAUGGCGAUGAGCGAUCUUGACUUUCUUGAGUUCGAACGUCCGAUUGAAGAGGAAGCUCCAAAUGAUGCUGUUGUGUACCAGGACACUGUGGUUACGUGCUGAGACAUGAAGAGGUUAAUGCAGCCAGACAAUAUUUUCCCAAAAUCGUCUUGGCUAUGAGCAAGCUGUACUGCGGCCACCUGAGUGAAAUGCUCAACUCACUACUCUUCAGCAACGAGAUUUCGCUUGUCCUCAUUGGGAAACAGCCGUACGGACCCAAUCGAUUCACCACUGCUAUUCAGAGGCUGAUGACAACGCUUGGUUGGGAGUCCAAGCCCCACUCGUUUGAGUGGCAGCACACCUAGUGGGAUGGCAAUCAACCACAACCCACUGGCACAACAAGAAUGGCACAACAAGUUGGUUGAUCAAAGGUCCUGUCAUCGCUCAUGGUGGACUUUGUGAUGAACAUGAUGACAGCAAAGCUCAAGCAUGAGGGUACGGGUGCGAGGCCAGUAGUCCUGAUAUCAUUUGGAUUGCUUCUGGAGCUGGUUCUCUUCACUCGAGCCCCAGCUGUGGGCCGCAAAGUGUUUGGAUAUGGCACGAGUGAAGAGAACCAGAUCCAAAAGCACAGAUUGGUGAUAUAUGUCCCUCCGUCAACCUGGUUUCCGACUCAGUUUGCAGUCUUAUGGAGCAAACAUGUGAACAUCGAGGUGAAGCCCGGUGUGAAGUGCAGCUCUGUCAUGCAAAAGCCGCUGACCCGGCCCACCCCGGCUUUGUUCCCUAAGGUCUUGGGCCCUCAGGCGAACUGGGACUCCUCCGACCCAUCCGCGAGCUUCAUGGGACUCCUCCGAAUGUGCCGAUCGGCGGACAUGUCGCGAGGGGCUUUCCGUUGUCCCACGACUUUGGCACGAAUGGUCCGAUAUCAUCCAAUAUCAUCCAAUGAUCUCGAAAAAUAUCAAGAAUAAAUGAACAGUGCAAAAAGCAUCAAAAAGCUUCUCAGCCAGGGCCAGAGUCUUGCCCAGCACCAGUUUUCCGGAGGAUUUGGUCAAGCACAUCCGCGAAAUUCUCCCUGUUCGGAGGCUCCGGAGGCGGAGGGGUG